AUGACCACGCCCAACAUGGCGCAGUCCACGACCGUCCAGGUGAACGGCGUCUCCGUCUCUCCUACCCCCGAGACUGCCCAGCCCGUGGCCCCGGGAAAGCGAAAACGCGACAUUGACGACGACCGCGAUGAUGAAGAUGGUCCCGACGAGCAAAAGCCCGCCAUCACCAAUGGUGAACCUAAAAAGGACCAGAGGGAAUUGAUCCGGUCUUUUAUUGAUGUCCUGACCAGCUUCGAUACCACCCCGUCUAUCAUGAAGCGCCCCCUGCCCGAAGCCUCCGACGAUGAUGAGCCCCGAACAAAGCGCCAGAAGUCGACCAUCGCCGAUAAGGCAACGGCGAAUGCGUACGAUAAUCUCGACCAAGUCGCCGCCGAUCUCGUCUCUGUAAUCCAAGCAUCCCUCAAGGAGCCCAAGGUUGAAUCUGCCGAGGGAAAGAGGGAGCUUCUGGACGAGACAACAAGGGCGCAAAUCGCCGAGUUUAAGGACAAGGCGUUCCAACUUCUUCGUCGGGAAAAGGCCUAUCCCAAGGUCACCGCAGAGCCGCUCCCUGUCGAGGCAAAUCUUCCUUCCUCCCCCCAGAAGGGCGAGCUGGUCCUCUCAGUCCUGGGAUAUGCGCCGCAAGAGAGGCGUCUGUUUUCCAGUCUUCCCCUCUCCGAUGAGACCAAUUUGCGUGAUUUGAACCUCCCCCAGGGCGUGGCAUUGACUCACAUUAUGCCAACGACUCCUCAUGAACGAACACAGACUCUCGGUGAUCUAUUCUCAUCCCCUCGCUCCCUACCGCCACUGCAACCGCCUAAGCAGCCAAAAACGCAGGCCAAGGGCAAUACCCUCGACUUCUACCGUCCCGAAUUGACAGAUACCUGCAAGUACCGGAGCAACACGUACUUUACGACCAAGUUGACAUCCGGAUACUACCUCGACUACAGCAAUGCUACCCCCUCGUCGCAGACAAUUACGAAGCAACGAGAGCGCGCGCAGAGCCUUGCUGGAAAGAGGCCUUCUUCUACCGAGCUGGAACUGUCUGAGAUGGAGUCGCUUUUCCGAGGAGCCUUUUCGAGUUUCGCACCGUGCAAGGACGACUCGGGGGCGACUGUGCCGUCUAGUGUCGCUGGUCGAAUGUGGUGGCAGCGGGCAGGCCACCGACAAUUCCAAAACAUGAUCGAGGUCGAGUACUAUGCCGAUGAGGAGGACAGCAAAGAGGCAAAUGACAAAGCCAAGGCCAUGGAGAUUGACGAAAAGGCUAUUCAGGAAGCCAUCGACAACUGGGAUGAUUCGAUCGUUGAUCCGUCGCUAGAAGAGGCUCUGGGCACCAAGAGAGCGGAUGAGGAGAAGGAAGUUGACGAGAUCCUUGAAGAGGUCAGCGACAUGAUUGAGACAUUGGCCUCGUACCAGCGGAUUCGCAACCUCAAUCUCCCCAACUCGCAAAACAGAUCCUCGAGCGAUCCGGUCACAGGCGAUAUGCUGGCUACUCCUGGACCGACUCCCUCAGAAGGCGAGCAAGCUACCUACCAGAUGCUCAAGGCGCAACUUGCGCUCAUCAUCAAGACACUACCUCCGUAUGCGGUAGCCAAGCUGAAUGGUGACCAACUGGAGGAUCUUCUCAUCAGCACCAAGGUGCAGGUCCAGACGGACCAGUACAAGGGCGUCAUGGAAGAGGACGACGCAGCUGUUCAGGCCCGUCUUAGAGCGCAACAGCAACAGGCAGCUGCGCAAGCUAGUGCCCGCCCGCCACCACAGCGUACACCCAGCAUGUCGUCUGUUUCCUAUGGACAUCACCCACCCGCAAAUGCAUACGCCACCCCCAGCCGACCUCCUGCGAUCCAGCAGCAGUAUUACCGGCCAGGUCCUACGCCAGCUUUCCAGCCCCAGCAAAGACCAAUGCCGCCCUCACAACCUCGACCUCCUCAACCAGCUCCAUACAAUCGACCCAACGGCUACCCGGCCCAGUAUGCGACUCAAGUGGCCAAAGCACAGACUCCAUAUGGCCACCAGAACAUGCCUCAGUAUGCGACUCAACAAAGGCCCCCGUACGGACAGAUGCCACCGCAGCAGGGCACACCGGCCGCCCGAUACCCGUUCCAGCCAGGCUACCCACAGCAACAGGCUGGAACACCCGCGCAACCCACCUUUGGGGCUUUCCCGAACGGCCAAGCUAUGCCACAGAGAACUAUGUCUCCACAGGUGCCACAUAGGCAGGCAUAUAGCCCCUCGCCUAACAUGCAACAAGCUGCUCGUUAUGGCACGCCGAACCAGGCUAUGGGCAAUCAAAUGAAUAGGUACCCGAGCAAUCCCCCACAGCCAGGAACGCCAACUCAGAACCCUGGACUUACAGGAUACCACACCGUGAUCCCUGAAGCUCAACAGCAGAGGAUCCUUGAGCAAGCGAAGGCCCGCCUCGCCGCCCAAGAACGAUCGACCAUGUUUGCGGACAAGAUUGCCCAGCCCGGCACUCAAGGGUUUGGAGGUGGAGGAGGGAUGGCGCCUCAAGGGACGAUGGAUGCGAACAGGCUCGCUGCCGCCCGGGCGAGUAUGGCAGCUCAGCAGAAGCCGGGAACUCCAACUCCUCAACGGACAGGGAUGAAUGGAACCCCGGGACCACACAUCCCGCACAAGGUGACGCCUGUGCCGGUCCCGCCGAUCCCCGGGAUGCAGAGGAAGCCCUCGACAUGA